AUGCUGUGUGUGCUCGAAACUCAGGUGCACAAGGCACAGGUAGAAGGUCUGAAGAAUACUCUAGGGUAUGAUAAUGCUUUUGCUGUAAGUAGUGCUGGCCGCAGUGGUGGACUCGGUAUCUACUGGAACAAUAAUACUAGAGUUGAGAUCUUACCAUUCUCCCAGUACCAUAUCGAUGCUAUUGUUACGGAGAAUGGGCAUGACCCCUGGAGGUUGACGUGUGUUUAUGGCGAGGCACAGGUUGCAGAGCGCCAUAAGACAUGGGAUAUGCUGAAAUUUAUUAAGGCAUCAUCUAAUUUACCGUGGGUCUGUAUCGGCGAUUUUAAUGAGGUCUUGCAUAGAGAUGAGCACUCAGGGGUGCAAGAACGAAGCCGGGCGCAGAUCGAGGGGUUCCGGGAGAUGGUUGACAUUUUUGGUUUGUACGACCUCGGUUUUGUGGGACGGAAGUGGACUUUCGAGAAGAAAGUGGCGGGAGGAACUUUCUGCCGCGUGAGGCUGGACAGAGCACUAGCGACUGUAGAUUGGUGUUCUCGUUUUCCUCUUGCACAGGUGUCGCACCUCAUUGCUGCUGCCUCGGACCAUGACCCCAUCCUCCUCCGCUGGGAUAGGGAGGUGGAGCGGGGAAGAAGGAAACACAGGAAGAAGAUGUUCAUAUAUGAGGUGAUGUGGGAGUCUCACGACGAGUUUGAGGCCAUGUUGGCUCGAACUUGGCAGGGCGCUGGGAAGGCGCAUACUCUUAGAGAAUUGCAUGACAAGUUGACAUCUUUAGCUGGGAGUCUCAGUUUGUGGGAUACACAGACAUUUGGCCAUGUCCGCCAGGAGUUGAAGGCGCUAAAUGAGGAACUCGGCCGUAUGAGAUCAGUUCCUUCGCGCGUGGGGCCGUCGCAUGCAGAGAUCAAGGUGGUGGAGAGAAUUAUGGAGCUGAACUACAGGGAGGAAAUCAUGUGGAAAUAG